AUGGCAUAUACGACAUCAUAUGACGGUCCAAACUCUGGUUUCCAAGUUGGGCAGAACCUCGGUCAUAUCACCAAUCAGUUCCCAUCAUUGAAUCAGGCGUGCCUGCGGGAUCUGCGGACCACUGAUCCUCACCAUGACAAAGAUCGUAUUCAGAACACCAGCGGAGGCCUGCUCAAAGUCUCAUACUGGAUUUUCGAUAGCGAGGAGUUUCAGCAAUGGCAAAAUAACCAGUGCAACUGUCUCCUCUGGAUCAGGGGUGAUCCGGGCAAAGGCAAGACAAUGCUCCUGUGUGGUAUCAUCGAUGAGCUACAACGAACAUCUGAGGGUACUGCGAAUAUAUCGUUCUUUUUUUGCCAAGCUACCGACGUGCGGAUCAAUAAUGCCACGGCUGUUCUCCGUGGCUUAAUAUACUUGCUUGUCAAGAAGCGGCCAUCUCUUCUCUCCUAUAUACAGCAUCAAUAUGACCACGCCGGAAAAGCACUGUUCGAGGACAUAAACGCAUGGAAUGCCCUCUUGGGGAUCUUCAUGGAUAUAUUGAAAGACCCGACCUUACGGACCACAUAUUUGAUUAUCGAUGCGCUAGAUGAAUGCAAAGCUGGCCUACCUUCCCUUCUUGACUUGAUAACUCGAGUCUCGUCUACUUGUCCACAGGUUAAGUGGAUUGUCUCAAGCCGUAAUUGGCCUGAUAUCGAAGAGCGUCUUGACACUACCCAUGCCACACAAAUCUCAUUAGAGCUGAAUGAGGCGUGUAUAUCGGAAGCCGUGAGGAAAUUCAUUCAACACAAGGUUCGCCAUUUGGCGAGAGUUAAAAAGUAUAGCGAUGAGACUCGAGAUAUAAUUCACCACUUAUUAUUAUCAAAAUCGCAGGACACUUUCCUUUGGGUGGCAUUAGUCUGUCAAGAUCUUGAUAGAACAUCGCGGAGACACGCUCUUACAAAGCUGGAAGCGUUUCCUCCUGGACUGAACGCCUUGUACGGUCGGAUGAUCGAUCAGGUUUGCCACUCGGAAGAUGCUGAGCUCUGUAAACGAAUACUGGCUGUUAUGUCUACCGUGUAUCGGCCUAUCACGUUUGACGAACUAGUCUCUCUUGUUGAGCUACCUAAUGAUCUAUCUGGUGACUCCGAAGCCUUAUUAGAGGUUAUCGCGAUUUGUGGCUCUUUUUUGACUGUACGCGAAGACACUAUUAUUUUCGUCCAUCAGUCUGCAAAGGAAUUUCUGCUUACAGAGACGCAAAACACGAUUUUUCCUGGAGGUAUUGAAGCUGAACACAAUACGGUGUUCUCUCGUUGUCUAGAGGCCUUGUUUAAGACACUUCGGCGUGAUAUCUUUCAACUUAAGUAUCCUGGAUUCCUAAUUGAGAAAGUCAUCCCACCCAGUCCGAAUCCAUUGGCGGCUGUGAAAUAUGCAUGUGUCUACUGGGUUGACCAUCUUCAACAUAGCGGCUGCUAUGAUAACGAUGGUAUUAAUGUCGACAAGCGAGGGUAUGUGGGUACAUUUCUAGAGAAGAAAUACCUUCACUGGCUGGAAGCCUUGAGCAUUCUAGGAAGCCUAUCACAGGGUAUAGCAGCUAUUCUUAAGCUCGAAGUCUUACUUCAGUUCAAGACGCCUCCCGAUUCGUUCGAUACCACAGGCCAGCAAUUGAAAGUAGUCCUCUUCAAAAUAUGCUAUCAAAAGGAGAGACCGGAUUGGAUUGUCAAUGAGCCAUUACUAGACAAAGAUUGGAGUGCAUGUCUUCAAACCCUAGAGGGCCAUAGCGACUCGGUUCGCUCGAUUGCCUGGUCGCCAGACGGAAGCCGACUCGCAUCAGCAUCCAGGGAUACAACUAUUAGGAUCUGGAAUCCAGCCACUGGCCAGUGCGCGUCAACCUUUGAGGGUCAUAGGGGUUUGAUCACCUCAAUUGCCUGGUCGCCAGACGGAAGCCUACUCGCAUCAGGGUCCUGGGAUGACACCGUUAAAAUCUGGGAUCUGAACACCGGCCAGUGCACGUCAACCCUUAAGGCGCAUAGCGAUUUGAUCGCCUCGAUCGUCUGGUCGCACGAUGGAAGACGACUAGCAUCAGCGUCCUGGGAUGGUACCAUUAAAAUCUGGGAUACGGCUAAUAAUCAGUGUGCAUCAACCCUAGAGGGGCAUAGCCGUUCGGUCACCUUAAUUACCUGGUCGCAAGAUGAAAGCCAACUUGCAUCAGCAUCCUAUGAUACGACCGUCAGAAUUUGGGAUAUGGACACCGGCCAGUGCGCGUUAACCCUAGAGGGGCAUAGCGACUUGGUUCACUCGGUUGCCUGGUCACCAGAUGGAGGCCAACUCGCAUCGGCGUCUAGUGACAAGACUAUUAUUAUCUGGGAUCUAACAACAGGCCAGUAUAAUUCAACUCUUGAAGGGCAUAGCCAUUCGGUCACCUCAAUCACCUGGUCCCAAAAUGGAAGCCGACUCGCAUCAGCGUCCAGGGAUAACACCGUUAGGAUGUGGGAUCCGGCUACCGGCCAGUGUAUGUCGACCCUUAAGGGACAUGGCCGUUCGGUCACCUCUAUUGCCUGGUUGCAAGAUGAAAGCCGUCUUGCAUCAGCGUCAGAUGAUAGCACCGUCAGGAUCUGGGAUCUAGCCACUGGCCAGUGCGCGUCAAUCCUCAAGGGACAUAGCGACUCAGUCCACUCGGUCGCCUGGUCACCAGAUAGAAGCCAACUUGCAACAGCGUCCAGUGAUAAGACUAUCAGGAUAUGGGACCCAGCCGCUAGCCAGUGCACAUCAACCCUCAAAAGGCAUAGUAGUUCGGUCUACUCGAUUACCUGGUCCCAAGAUGGAAGCCAACUCGCAUCAGUGUCAGAUGAUAAUACCGUCAGAAUCUGGGAUCCUGCCACCGGCCGAUGCGCGUCAACCCUUAAGGGACAUAAUCAUUUGGUCACGUCAAUUUCCUGGUUACAAGAUGGAAGCCGACUUGCAUCAGCGUCCUAUGAUAAGACCGUCAGGAUCUGGGAUCUGACCACGGGCCAGUGCGCGUUUAAGCUUGAGGGGCAUAGCGGUGAAGUCCACUCGAUUGCCUGGUCGCAAGAUCAAGGCCGGCUUGCAUCAGGGUCAGAUGACAAGACUAUCAGGAUUUGGGACCUAGCCACCGGGAAGUGUGCGUUAAUCCUUGAGGGGCAUAGUGGUUCGGUCCACUCGAUCGCCUGGUCGCGAGAUGGAAGCCGACUCGCAUCGGCAUCUUUUGAUGACACUGUCAGGAUCUGGGAUUUGACCACCGGCCAGUGCGCGUUAAACCUUGAGGGGCAUAGCAAUUUCGUCCGCUCAGUUAUCUGGUCGCAAGAUCAAGGCCAGCUUGCAUCAGGGUCAGAUGACAAGACUAUCAGGAUUUGGGAUCUAGCCACCGGGAAGUGUGCGUUAAUCCUUGAGGGGCAUAGUGGUUCGGUCCACUCUAUCGCCUGGUCGCGAGAUGGAAGCCGACUCGCAUCGGCAUCUUUUGAUGACACUGUCAGGAUCUGGGAUUUGACCACCAGUCAAUGCGAAUCAAUACUCCACAUCAGCUCCCCCUACUUCAUUCAAUUUGAUGAAAGCAAAUUUGGUCAUCUGCAUACUUCAGUCGGUACAUUUGAUAUAAGUCUCACUGGUACCAUCAUGUCGGUUCAUAAUACUUCGACCUUGCCAGAUCAAUAUGGGUAUGGUUUGAAUGGUGAUCAUUCCUGGAUAACCUAUGAUGGAGUCAACCUCCUUUGGUUGCCUGCCGAAUAUCGACCAACUACUUCUUCCUUCUUGGCUAUUUCUGCAAACAAAUUGGCCAUCGCUUGUUCUUCAGGUCUUGUGAUGUUUCUCGUGCUUGCAAAGAGUCCUGUCCCUCCCCUUUGA